ACGUGAAAUUCAAAAAAUAUCAAAAUUCUAAAAACUCUGAUCAUUGAGAAUAGAUUUGCAAAUGUUGGGAUUUUUGUAGAAUAAUUUAGUUGACAUUUUAAGGUUGCAGAAUCAUUGCUGGAAAGGGACUGCAUGUGAAAUUUGGUGUAAUUGGUUGUGAAGGCAGUGAGAAUGUCGGUGAGCGUGGAGGACGUGUGCGUGGAAGACGACGAUCUGGCGCUGGAGGACGCGGACGAGGAAGCGGACAACGAGAACAACCAGCCCCGCUUCGCCGUUUGCGCUUCCUGCCAGCAUGUAUCGCAUCAGCAUGCCAAGGUUGACGCUAGGAGAAGCAGUGCAUCGAUGCAGGGAGGGGAGUGUAACAGCACACAACAACGGCGCAGGAGUUGGCAGAGUUCGCACACGCAUGCUUCUCCGUAUUCCGAUGACGAUAACGCGUCUUCCCUGCACCAAACCGACUCCGAGCUCCUCUCCGCCAGUAGCCUGGAGCGGCGUCUACGCAAUGUCCUCAAGACGCAGAACGCCGGGGACGAGGAGAAUGCCGCGCAGUCAAGGAAGAAGCUCGCUAAGGAGGUUCGCGGAGGCGCGCCAGUUUCCGUGGAUUUCGCUGUUCCGGCGUUGAUGGAGGAGGAUCUCGGGAGGAAUCGCGGGGGAGACGAGGGGCGACGGGGGCGGGCGCGGAUAAGGACGGAAUCGGGGUGCCGGGAGGGGCGGGAGGGCGCGGGACGGGGGUAUCCCGCGGAUUUCGAUGCUGUGAUGGGUGGCGUUCCGGUGGCGGAGAAUUUCAAAACAGGGGACUUUCCUCUGCAGCAGGGGAGUUUUUGGGAUUACGUGGUGCGGUCUUGCCGGCGAGACCAGGGACAACGCGAGGACAAGGAGCGGAUGGCGGAGAAGCGCCGCCGUAUUCAGACCUUCCUUUCCGUCCCCUUCGAAGUAGAAAAGGUGAUGUCGCUGGGUACAAUCCAGUGCGCGGACGCCUUCCUGUACGUGUUCACCAUCUUCCCCAUCCGGCUGUGCAUCGCCUGGUGGCACGUGCUGCUGCUGGUGGGCAGGCUCUUCCGCAGUCUCCUGCACGUGGCCUGGCUGCGCCGGCGCCGCCUCCCGCCGCAGUCCGCCGACAAUCCGCGGCGUCUGUACCCCACCACCUGCAUCUGCGAGAUGAUCAAGGGCUCCUUCAUCUUCCUCGGCGUCUGGCUCUUCACCUGGCUGGACCUCUCCGUCAUGUAUCACUUUCUGCGCGGCCAGGCCGUCGUCAAGCUCUACAUCAUGUUCAACAUGCUCGAGGUGGCGGACCGGCUGUGCUCCUCCUUCGGGCAGGACAUCCUGGAGUCCCUCUUCUGGACGGCCUCCCCCGCCGGCAAGGACCGGCCGGGCUACAAGACCAUCAGCCAGCUGGGCAUCAUCCCGCAGAUCAUCACCGCGCUCCUCUAUGUCAUGGUGCAUUCCUUGGUGGUCCUCGUGCAGAUCACCACGCUGAACAUCGCCAUGAACUCACAGAACCGCGCGCUCCUCGUCAUUCUCCUCUCCAACAACUUUGUGGAGAUCAAGGGCAGUGUGUUCAAGAAGUUCGAGAAGAAGAACCUGUACCAGAUCUCCUGUAGUGACGUGCGCGAGCGCUUCCAGUUCAUCGUGUUGCUGCUGAUGGUGGUCAUCCGCAACAUGACGGAGCUCGGCUGGAAAAUGGAUAAUUUCUGGGCGUGCCUGCCGGACGCGUUGCUGAUCAUCGUGGCGGAGGUGGUGGUGGACUGGACGAAGCACGCCUUCAUCACCAAGUUUAACGAGAUCAGCAUGUCGGUGUACCAGGACUACACGUACAGUCUGGCCUACGACUUCGCCACCAGCCACCUGGAUAACAACAAGUUCGCGGACCAGAGCGACUCGGUGGUGCGGCGCAUGGGCUUCGUGCCCAUCCCGCUGGCCAUCAUCGUCGUCCGCAUCGUCUACCAGAGCUUCCGCUUCGACGACGUCCGCGACUGGCUCCUCCUCGGCCUCGGCUACGUAUGUCUGCUGACGACGAAGCUGCUGAUCAACGUGCACCUGCUGCGCUGGUGCUACAACCUCAUCACGGAGCACCGCAGCAAGCACCGCGCGGAACGCCGCUGCCACAGCACGCCGGGCACGCGCGCCGGCUCCAUCAGCAGUCUGGUGGAGGUGAUGGAGCGCACUGCCCGCAGCGCCCCCUCCACGCCGCCCCCCGCGCCCCCGCGCCGGCCGCGCGCCCCCUCCGUCGGGCAGACGCCGCUCUUCGCCAACAGCGAGCUGGAGCUGACGCUCAUGAACGAGCACCUCCGCGAGCCGCCGCCGCCGCGGCCCCUCACGCCGGCGCUCAGUCGCUCCACCUCCAGCAACGCCGGCAAGAUUGACAAGGACAAGGAGGAACGCUGAUAGGGUCAAGGAUGUUUUCAUUAAUCAAGAAGGAGAGUUUCUUCCGUUGUAAUUUUUUUAACAAUUCUUGUGAUAACUGCCGGUUGGUUCGGAGAGGGUUUUUAUUCGUCCGCGCUUGUUAGAGAAGCGUUAUGUUUGUUUCUGGAUUAAUUCUCGCUCAUUUUCGUGCCCGUAUGUAUGUUUUUUACCAGUAACUACGCUGCUUCCGGUGCCGAGUUACUUACUGUAUGUUUGUUGAAUAAUACUGUAGUCAACGACAA